ACUUUCCUCCAGCCCUGUCAUUUCAGCUCUGACACCAAGCUGAGAGGCUAAGAGGCCUACAAAUACCGUCUAGGUAGCUGGUGUGAGUACGAAGGGUACUGGGGGGGGGGCUUGGCCCCCAAGGAAGAAAACCAGUCUCACGCCCUCCUUGCACAGACUGUGGACUGACUUAGGGAAUCCCCAAAGAUGACAGAAAAGAAAAUUCUGGAAUCUCCUAAGCCCUCCCUGCCAGCAGAGAUUCCACAAAGUGGGCUACAGCGACUGAAGCAGUUAUUCAGGAAGGGUUCUCCAGAAACAAAAGAGAUGGAACUUUCCCCAGAGCCCCAGGCCAACGGUGAGGCAGUAGGACCUGGGGGUGGGCCCAUCUACUAUAUCUAUGAGGAAGAAGAAGAAGAGGAGGAGGAGGAGGAGGAGCCACCCCCAGAACCUCCUAAGCUUGUCAAUGACAAGCCCCACAAAUUCAAAGAUCAUUUCUUCAAGAAACCAAAGUUCUGUGAUGUCUGUGCCCGGAUGAUUGUGCUCAAUAACAAAUUUGGGCUCCGCUGUAAGAACUGCAAAACCAACAUCCAUGAACACUGUCAGUCCUAUGUGGAGAUGCAGAGAUGCUUCGGCAAGAUCCCACCUGGUUUCCAUCGGGCCUAUAGCUCCCCACUCUACAGCAACCAGCAGUAUGCCUGUGUCAAAGAUCUUUCUGCUGCUAAUCGAAAUGACCCUGUGUUUGAAACCCUGCGUACUGGGGUGAUCAUGGCAAACAAGGAACGGAAGAAGGGACAGGCAGAUAAGAAAAAUCCUCUAGCAGCCAUGAUGGAGGAGGAGCCAGACUCAGCCAAGCCAGAGGAAGGCAAAGCCCAAGAUGGAAACUCUGAAGGGAACAAGAAGGCUGAGAAGAAGACUCCUGAUGACAAACACAAGCAACCUGGCUUCCAGCAGUCUCAUUACUUUGUGGCUCUCUAUCGGUUCAAAGCCCUGGAGAAGGACGAUCUGGAUUUCCCGCCAGGAGAGAAGAUCACUGUCAUUGAUGACUCCAAUGAGGAGUGGUGGCGGGGGAAGAUUGGGGAGAAGGUUGGAUUUUUCCCACCAAACUUCAUCAUUCGGGUCCGGGCUGGAGAACGUGUGCAUCGUGUAACAAGAUCCUUCGUGGGGAACCGCGAGAUAGGACAGAUCACUCUCAAGAAGGACCAGAUCGUGGUGCAGAAAGGAGAUGAAGCUGGCGGCUACGUCAAGGUCUACACUGGCCGCAAGGUGGGGCUGUUCCCCACUGACUUCCUGGAGGAGAUUUAGGCUGGGGGCACCUGCAGGCAGGAGACACCCAUCCCCCAUCCCCCGUUCUGGGCGGGCCCAGUGGAGGUUGGGGAGGAAAGAGGGUGAAAGAAACUAAAUUGCUGCUUGGGAAAGGCCGGCCAAAGCUAGGCGGAGUUUCUGGGAAGGGACUGGUUCCCGCCUCCCUCUCGCGGCCUGUGGCCUCAGAUACCUGGUGCCUAGAGCAGCCUUCACCGGAGACCCUUCGAGUCCAACCUGCAAGAGCUGGAAAAAAAGUUUCUCCAGCAAGAGGCGCCGAAGAGUGUCUCAGGGACACACCGUCGAAUGUUGCAAAUUUAUUAAAAGUUUUGACAAAAGUA